UCUAAUAAAGCGCGGAAAACGAAAACUGUUGGGAGAACGAAAUAUUUUGACUUUUAGUCGUAAAAAUAACCUGAAAAGAUGGCAAACGAAGAACUGGAAAAGCUAUCAACGAACCUGAAACAGGUGCAGGAUAAAUUUACUGAUGAUUGGAAGGAGUCUUUCAAACAAAUAGAUACCGAAGCCACGAAACAUCGAGAAAGUAUGGUGUCAGGAAAAGAGAUGAUAACUAAGUUGGAAGAGGCAAUAGUGCGUUAUGAAGAAGAAUCAAAUCGAAAAUUAGAAGUUCUGCAUCAACAAGCUGAAGACAUGUCCUCGUUAGAAAAACAAUUAAAAGAACUCCAGUUGUGUGCAAAAACCCUGUUGGAGAAAAAAGAACAAGAGGAAAAGAAAAUUGAAGAAAAAGGAAAGCAAUUAGAAAGAAUGGAAAAAGAUAUUCAAUCAAAAGAAGAAAUUACAAACUAYAAACUGGAGCAGUUUGUCAAGGGCACCAAGUAUUUUGAGGACAGACUUGGACUUUCAUUUAAAAAGAUUGAUGAGGAAUUUCUUCAGUUUAUAUUCAAGUACAUUGACCCAAAUGACUGGGAAAGACCAUUCUUCUUUUCUGUCUCUGUUGGUGAUGAUAAGCAGUAUACAGUCAAAGAUUGCAUGCCAGCUGUAGAUGAUUUGGACAUCAUGGUGGAAGAACUAAACCAGAAAGAUAACUUUUCAAAGUUUGUUAUCAACAUGAGAARAAAGUUUAAAGAAUCCUUAUCUAGAACUUCUUAAGGUAUUUUUAACUUCAUGUAACUUGCCGCUCAGAAUUACAUUGAAAUGCAGAACAACAACAGAUUUUGACAUCUAGGCAGCGGUAUAUAUGCUUAACCAUUUUACAAUGUUGGUCAGYUGUAUGUGGAGAAUUCAUUUAAAAUCGAUGUAAAUAUAUUCCUAUAGCUAAUACCAGGAAAUUGGUUUAUUAUCGAUUUUCUCUUUUACAACGAAUCGCACAUGCUCCAACACGAAUCCGGAUAUAAUUGAAAACUGAGAUAUUUCUCGUCUUUAACAUUAUUCGGUUCCUUCCCGAGUGACCAUCGACAAACUAAUCGGAAGUUAUGAAAACGCUCUUGAAAACGGAUAUUUGUGUAAACGGGCGAAUGAAAACGAAUGUUAGAAUGAAAACAAGAAAUGUUACAGAACACUUUUUAGCAGCGUCUUUUUUCGCAAUGAGGAUGGUUAAUCUUGCAGCUUGUUUUUGAUUUUGUUUAUCAAAGACCAGCUGUGAAGGAAGUCAGUGUAGUUUCGAAAACGUGAUUGAUGAGAGAACAACUCCGUUUUCGAAAGAUAUCCGGAUACGUUUGAAUGUUUCCGAAAAUUUUUUWAAAGUGUUUUAAUUCAAGAAUGUAAUACAAAUUUUAUGUAGUCUUUUUAGACGGUUUGUACGUCAAUCACAUUUACAUAAAGUGGAACCUUUAAAACAAGACCUCAGUUUUUCAUCUACUAUAUAACUAUUGCGAAAGUUUCGAUUAUAAAGCCAAGUAUGUACGAGGCCUCUACCCAACGUAUUUGGCCAAAAGAUAAUAAAAAAUAGAGAAUUUUCA